AUGGCGAACCGACCUGACUUUAUCGACGUGAGGUCGAAAUCCUCCGCUUCCGUUGGACGCCCGCUACGAUCCCCUCGUCUCCAUGUUGCGGGCGAAGCACCGCCGGAACUAUCACCUCUCGAUGCCUUCGCGCUACAAAGCCGUCUGCUGGCAAAGCAGCUGCAGGAAAGUCAAAAGUCUGGGCGACGCAUGAGUCGACUGCCACCGUUGACUACUGAAAGCCCGUUGAUCAUGCAGGGAAGGUCGGAGUAUUUUCGAUCCAUGUCCCACGAUUCUGCUUCCGAGGAAGAAUUCGCUGCGCAGCACAGCGCAGGCUCUGGAUUUAGACCAGAGGUGGAAACUGAUAUCAACAACCGGCCUGUAUCAGUGCAUCCCCGAAUGAGCCAUAUACCACCUACGCCUGAGCAGAAUGUCCCGGUACCAAAACUGCCGCCGACCUUUGACUCACAGAAGGAGGCAGAUCAGGAGCAGGAACAGGACCGCGAGAGCUUGUUCGGGGUCGGAGCUCGAAGGGAACAUUCACCAGGCCCAAUGGAUACUGCUGCUCCCCCUGCCCAACUGACGAGGACGGUAACGCAGGAGAGUAUACCUCUCCCAGCAUCGACACCUACUCGCUCGAUUACUAGCUCCCCCGAAAGAAUAUCCAAGACAACCUCCCAUGAAGCCGGGGGACUUGUUCCUCCUCGGCCUCUAUUCACUAAGCGCUCUUCGAGUUUGAUGUCCUCUCAUGACAGUUCGGCCGACGAUGAAGGAUUCAGCACCCCGAUGAGCACAUCAUUUCACUCUCAGGGGUCUCGCAAGUUUUCUACCAGCAGCGGUGUUUUGUCGCCUGGGUUUGCCCCAUACCAGCGAUCACCUUCCAUCAGCUCGGAUAUUUCUGCUUUGCCGCGCCCGUCGUUCAAUUUCUCUAGACCACUCAGCAGAGCUGGGACACCAAGUCUGGAUCCACCAGCACGGCAAGCAUCAUCUGAUAGUCAUGCUUCGUUCAUGCUCACGACCGAUGAUGCAGCCCAUACGCCCAUCAGUAUGAGCAGCGAGGCACUCACCGAGUCUACGCCCAAAGAAGACGUAUUUGUGCUGCCGCGGGGUAAGGCUUUGCAAAGGAACUCGGUUGUCCUGCCGGACAUGAAGGCCCCGGCGAGAUUUUCAUGGGAACAUCCUGUCGAAAACCAUGGACAACCACCACCAUCCCCACCUAGCAGGCCGGCAAGCAGGCCAACAAGUUCAACCGGGCCACCGAAUCCUCCUGAAGCCAACACUCGGCCGUCACACGAGCGUAGUAAGCUCAGCACUGAGAUUUUUAGAUCGGGACCAGAGCCAUUCCCACCUCUGGGCAGACCAUCGACAGAGAGUGCCCGUGUGUCUGGAGAGUCGCAACGAGGCCGUGCUCCCUUUGCCCAUCUACACGAUGCUGCUGCGGGGAGAUCGAUAAUGUCGAACAACACAAGCGAUUCGGCAAGCACAAUCAAGCCUGGACCUGCCACACCGGCUAACCCACCAACGAUGGCCGAUCUCACUGCGGAAGAACACGUUAACAAGGCCAUUGCUCUUCACCAGGAAGGUUCGCUGCCAGAGUCAGCGUGGCAUUUACGGCACGCAGCCAAGCAGGGUCACCCUACUGGCAUGCUGCUAUAUGCUUUGGCUUGUCGUCACGGCUGGGGCAUGCGACCGAACCCUCGUGAGGGAGUGGAGUGGCUUCGGAAAGCCAUGGAUUCGGCGAAUCUGGAAAUCAAGGAGGACGAGGAGCAUGCCAAGGAGGGCAAGCAUGUGGAUGUGAACGAGCGGAAGACACACCGUGCUCAGUUGGCGCUCAGUAUAUAUGAACUGGGUGUCAGUCAUAUGAACGGGUGGGGGAUUGAGCAGGAUAAGGUGUUGGCGUUGAAGUGUUUUGAAACUGCUGGAGCUUGGGGAGAUGUCGAUGCGCUUGCGGAGGCCGGGUUCUGCUAUGCUCAAGGCAUUGGCUGCAAGAAGAACCUGAAAAAGAGCGCCAAACUCUAUCGGGAGGCCGAGUCGAAGGGAAUGAGCAUGGUGGGCAAUAGCUGGUAUGUUUCUGUCAUGUAUUCUCUGGCAAGAAAAUCUUUUAACAUUGGCACAGGAUUCACAAGCCAAAAUAUGCCGACGACCCUGAAAAGGACAAGAAGGACCGGGCAAAGUCGAAAUCUAGAAAGAGCAUCUUUAGCAGAAAGACGCAUUGAUCUCUUUGCUCGCCAUGCCAUGCCAACAAACAUUACUCUUCAAACCAGCAUAACCCGCCGACCAACGACAACUCCCCUACCUAUAAAGGACGGCAUCUUUGUCUCAACACUUUGCAUUUUUCUUGGGGGUUUUUUUUUUCUUUGUUAG